AUGAGCUUAGCUGCCUUCGUUCCUGCGAACACGCAGGCGCGGAAUACUGCCGUCGCCGCAUUCAAGCGGAUGUUGGAGGAGGAGAAGGUUAGCCUUGAGUUUGUCGAGGCUGGCAUUCUCUUGGAUGCCUCCGGCAAACGUUUAGCAGCGACGAUGGACCGCUUUGGCUUCUACCUCGCAACCAACGAAGGUAAGAAAGGUAAGUUAGCCCGCAACACGGCAACAGCGUAUCAUAGAAAUGUCAAGUUGUGGCUAUUUGACAAGUAUCCACACUUGCGAGUACCUACUGAGUUGAUCUUGCUAAAGCAAGGGAAGACUUUAGAUAAACAUUGCAUGAAACGCGAAAAAGGUGGCUUGAUUAAUAAGGCUCCACCUUGUACUAAGGAGGAUUUACAGUCUUUAGUCCGUUACGUGUACAGCACAGCACGCGUACACGCCGACUACCAAGACGCAGCACUAGCGUGCUUGAUGUGGCACUGCUUUGGUCGGUCUUCGGACCUAGGCUACUUUCAAAAACAGCACGUGUCUGUAUCGGCAGACGGCACCUUCUACCUGCGGCUGCUACGUGUCAAGACAUCAGAAGAACAGGGUCUUACCUUGAUCCCGGACAAGAGCGUGUCCCUUGCACGCUCUGGCCAUAGCGCUAGCGACGCAGGACGCGCCAUGCGCGGCACUCCUGUCCCAGUUGCCCGAUCUCGUAGCGGAGGUCGCCGUGCCACUUGA